AGAGUUUCAUAUGUUGUGUUUGUCUCUCAUUGAAUUUUUUUUCUUGUCUCUUAAUUGUGUUUCUUUUAAUGGUGCCACUAAUUAGUUAAUUUUAAUUAUGGUUAGAAUGGAGGUUGAAGGUAGUCCCAAUUCAUUUAAGGGUGCCAAUUAUAGUAAUGAUGAAACUGAUUCGGAAUAUGCUGGAUCUGAUUAUGACAAUGAAGAUACAUCAGAUUUGGAUGAGGAAGAAUGUGAUCGACUUAAAGGUGAACAUAUCAAUGAAAUGAUGGACCUGGAGAGACAAUUUGUUGCUCUUAAAGAACAAUUGUACAUGGAAAGGAUAACUCAAGUUGAUAAAAAGCUUGAGGAAAUUAAAGCGGGUAUUGCUCAAGAAUAUUUAGGUCCUGUAGAUGAACUACAUCAUCAACUUGAAGUUAGAGUUAAAGUGGCAGGAAUACUCAGAAAAUUUAGAGAAAGAAACAUAAAGUGUCAAUUUGAAGCUGAAAAAUUGGCUUGUGAACAAAAUUUCCAGAGUGAGAAAAAUUUACUCCGUGAUCAGAUCCGUCAAGAUUUAGAGGAAAGAAUUCGCCGAUUAGAAGAAGACCGCAAUUCCGUUGACAGUGAACUUUGGGGCGAUUCUAUUGAUAACCCAAAAAAGAAGCGUCGAAUUGGUGCCAAUGGAAGCACAUCUUAUUACGAAGUUGGACCAAGUCGAGAUCAAUUACACCUACUUGACCGCAGAAGGAGACCAGUACCUGUUUCAGGUCCUUACAUAGUCUACAUGUUAAAGGAUAGUCAAAUUUUGGAAGAUUGGACAUUAAUAAGAAAAGCGUGUAGGUCAACCAACAAUUUAAGCUUUUACAAUACCUGUUGAAAAGUUUUCUCUUCUCAUUUUCAAUUUUUUCCCCAUCAUAACAAGCAAAAGUAUCACAAACAACUAUUUACAUGUAUUAUUUUAAAUUAAAUAUUUGUGGUAUAAAACGAUCAUGUUAAUUACACACAAAAGUGAAAAAAAAGCAAAA